AUUUAACAAAGUGGAGUGAUACUGGAUAUAAACAAACACAAACGAUGUGGAAAUGGCAGAGCGCAAAAUAAUGCGAAAAGACGAAACGUGUCGCACGAUAAAAUUUAAAUUUGUGUCAUUAGUGCAUUUAACAUUUAUCGAUCGAAUUUCACUGUUGGCCCGUUGCUAGUAGUGCUUGGCGUCAGAUGUAUGAAGUCAAAGAGGCGCGUACACCUUUGUACAUAUGUUUGAUAAUUUAGGUCUUCAAAUUUUUGGAAUUGCGAAAUGGUCAAUGAUUUUCACACACACUCCAUUCACGGUUAGGUAACAGUCUAUAAUUUUCAUCGCGGAAUCACGUUUCGGAUUUAAGUCCACCAAAAGUCUGCUUCUUACAUUUUAUGGAAAACGAAAUAAUUGGCAUCAUAAACUUAACUAAAGUUAUGUCAAAGAGAAAGAAAUAUUAUUAAGUAGCUGACAAUGCUGCCAAUGCCACAAACGCGCUAUCUAUCGACACCGGAAUGAUAAUCCUUUCAGCUUUUCCACAAUUCAUCAAUAUCAGUACCGGAUUCUUCCAAUAUCGUCAAUAAUAAGGAGCUCUUCUUAACAUAAAUAAAGAUGCCUGGACUCGUUGUUUUUAGGCGGCGUUGGUCAGUAGGCUCAGAUGAUCUCGUAGUGCCAGGAGCAUUUUUGUUAAUUACACAUCUUAUAUGUUUUGUAAUUGUGUUGGCAUCAUUAUUGGUAUUCGAGUACAAUCUCACGGUUUUGAACUUAAAACUACUAUUCUGUCUCUACAUUUCUUAUGUGAUAAUUUUAUUUUGUUCAGUUUGCGUUGAGGCGGGUAUCUGUAUUAUAUCUAUGCGGGGUAGUAUUCUGGACUCUGCCGCACGAACAACGAUUAACUUUUGGAUAUAUUUUAAGAGCAUGGUAAUAUUUUUUGAUAUUACUUGGUUAGUAUUAGGUACAAUAUGGUUGACAAACUAUUAUUUUAAUUCGCCCAUCGAUGAGGCCAAGAAGAUUUUCAUGGCAAUUGUUAUUUGCAACUGGGCAUUGGUGUUCAUAACUCUUAUUACCAUUUGGUGUACAUUCGAUGCUGCCGGCCGUUCAUGGGUUAAAAUGAAAAAGUAUCAAAGGUCAAUGAGAGAGACUGAAUCUCGCUUCAAUUAUAAGCGCAGCAACAGCAUGAAUCGCAAUUGGCGUCAACGAAAAGUGAUGCGUGCGUAUCAAGACAGUUGGGACCAUCGAUGCCGUCUAUUGUUCUGUUGCAUGCGUAGCACCGAUCGCAAUCGGAAUUCCUUCACCGACAUAGCCCGUCUGCUUAGCGAUUUCUUUCGCGAACUAGAUGUGGUGCCAUCAGAUGUCGUGGCAGGUUUGGUGUUAUUGCGAAAAUUUCAAAGAAUAGAACGCGAAGCCGUUGUUCGCCAGCGAAAGAACGGCACAUACGAGUUCCUGAGCGGCGUGCCAAUCACUGAACGCACUCAGUUCCUAGCUUUAAACGAUGCUAAAAACUACGAUUUCUUCCAAACAAUCAUACACUACAUGUAUUUCGCUCAGGGUGCCUACGGCUGGCCAAUGUACUUCAUAAUAAAUCGCUCUAAACUGUAUAAUUUGCUGCCUGAGUUAAAAUGCUUUACUUGUUGUUGCCGUCCCCAAACUGAUACACCACCCACUGUUAUACAAGACAACUGUUGUUUUUGUAAUUAUGCCGCCCUAAAGAAAACAUUGCAAGUUGGUGAUAUAGAAAUCAUCUAUGCCACCUAUCAUGUUGAUGUUGGUGAAACGCCGUUCUUUGUAGCUGUAGAUUACACACAAAAGAAAAUUGUUGUUAGCAUACGAGGAACACUUAGUAUGAAGGAUAUACUCACAGAUCUAAAUGCAGACGGAGAAGUAUUGCCGCUCUCACCACCGCGAGACGAUUGGCUGGGCCACAAAGGGAUGGUGCAGGCGGCUAUUUAUAUUAAGAAUAAAUUAGAGGAAGAAGGACUGAUCGAGCGAGCGCUAAGUCAUAAUCGUGAUAGGGGAACACAUAAAUUUGGCCUAGUUUUGGUGGGUCAUUCACUUGGCGCUGGGACUGCGGCUAUUUUAGCCAUACUCAUGAAAGCAGACUAUCCUUCGCUGCAGUGCUUUAGUUAUUCCCCACCAGGUGGGCUACUUAGUAUGCCUGCGGUUGAAUACACGAAAUCUUUUAUCACAUCCGUUGUGUUGGGGAAGGAUGUAGUACCUCGCAUCGGAUUACACCAAAUGGAAGCUUUGCGUGCUGACCUAAUUAAUGCAAUUCAACGAAGUGUAGAUCCGAAAUGGAAAACAAUAUCCUGCUCGGUUAUUUGCUGUGGUUGUGGAGCUGAACCCACAUCUGUUGUUGAGAUGUCUGGCAAAGAUAUCCAUAUUAACCAAUACCAAGAGCAAAGAGACUCUGCUCGCUCAACAAGUGCGCAUCCCACAGACAGCUCUAUUGCCUUGACAUUACACCAGCCUCUGUACCCGCCUGGCCGAAUAAUUCACAUAGUUCGACACCAUCCAAAACCUGAAGAGCAAAAGUUCGACAGCGGUUGGAGAAGUGUUCUUAAGAGCCACGAGCCGGUUUAUCAGGCCAUCUGGGCUGAUACCUGCGAUUUCGAUGAGGUUCUCAUAUCGCCAGUAAUGCUGCAGGAUCACAUGCCGGACAAGGUGCUGGCGGCACUCAAAAAGGUUGUAACCACCAGUGGACCACGCAAACCGCAACGUCAAACUUCAAAUGCAUUCUCGACCAUAUCUAACGACUACAAUCCUUAUGAUUUUGAAGUCGAGCGAAUAUCUUCUCUCGGUUCUGUAGAUCCAAUAAACGUUUUAAAACUUGAAAGCAACCAAUAUAAGCAACUAUCGCACAGCUCAUUUCCUAACAUAAGCAGCUCCAUAAACUUAACACCAACAACACAGCACAAAAUUUGCCAUGAAACUUCUUUUGCAAAUUUACAAGCCCCCCUGGAUAUACAAACGAUAGCUGCGCAAUAUGUUGCUGGACCAAAUUCUAGUAAGACAUCAUCGAUUGCAGGCAGCAUUUUCGGUCGGAGUCAGCUGAGUUCAGCUCAGUAUGACAUAUCAGUGGAUGAGAGUAUAACAACCGUAACGCGUCGAAGUCCUUCAGUACCGAGCGAAACUGCCACAGUGAUCAUAAAUUAUCCAGAUCAAUUACCUAUCCACCGCCUGAAGGCUGUUGCUUUCGACAUUGAUAGCAAUUUUGGUAUGCCAAUAAAAUUGGCGUCGCCGCAAGCUGCGUCUAAAGUUAACCUAUAUCGUCAAUAUUCGGCGCGUGCCGAUAAGCGGAAGCGUAAUCUGCCCAUAACAGCAUUGCGUAGGGCUUCGGAUGCGUCGCGACCAAUCGAUUUGCUGCAUGAUGACUGGCUCGGUUUAGCGCCAUUAGCUAGUCCCGAAACGUUAUCGGAGAUCUCAAGCAUCUCGUCGCGCACAAGUGCACCUAUUAGUUUGGCUAACAGCAUAGAACGGUAUUUGCAUAACUUGAACUUAAGCGGCGGCGAUAAUGCAAACGCACGACCGAUGCUCGAAGACAUUUUUGAAUCACAAAUGCAUACUCCUAAAAUAAUGCGGCGAGCGCCCAAGUUUAGUGAAAACCUGUCAACAUGCGCAGAGGACAGUCGCAAUCUGGAUCAAUACAAGCGAAUGGGCCGAGUGUUUGUCACAUUGCCGCCCAUCUUUGGCGACAGCUAUAGUAAUAAUAAUAACAACAAUCAGCAAUCAAGCUUCGAUUCAAGUGACGAUAGUUACGAAUCGGCACAGAGUCUUAGUCGAGUUCAGUUGAAACUUAAAGCCGCUCCUGUACAGGAAUCUAUUGGUGCCAAUGCCCUCCAAUCUAAGCAGAGUUCAAAGUCAGCCGAUCCAUUAGAUGGGGAUACUACUGAACAAAGGCAAGCUCAGCAUCCUGCUAAGAAACUAACUUUUAGUGAUAGUGAAAUUCUAAAUGAAGAUUGCCAGGGGCAAUGCCCUAAUUGUCCAUGCCGAUUGGAUGUGAGAUGUGAAGUUAAAGUUGAUUGCUGCCAGCGCGUGGAGCACAGCCAAUGCUUAAUGGUGGGUUUGAACAAAGAAAGGAAUAGUGGAUCAGGUGAAACUACUUUUUAUAGCGCAAACUCGUCCAUCGAACAGUUCUCGACGCCUGGUAGGUUCAUUUGCUGUAACAAAACCGCCUCUAAUGGCAACUCUGAGUGCCAAAGUGUCACCGAGGAGACAUUAGUCAUACGACCGGGUGUACUCGAAUCUCAUUUUCCGGUGUAUGAACCUGAUUGCCAUCCAGCGCACCAUAAUAGUACACAAACUGCAGGUGUCGCGAAAAAAAAUCAAUCCCCUGAGUCUACUCCUCAAUCGCAUGCCGACUCAACACAACAAAUGAGGCGCGAUGUAAUUGGUGGCCGCAUACGCAAACGAUUGUCAUCCGAAGAGUUUAUAUUCACCCGCACUGAGGAUUUGCCACUAAUUGCCCAGCUGGGAGAGAAAUCAAACAAACGUAAGGGGUGCGUUUAUCCGGCGCUGAAUAAUUAUAAUAUUCGGAUAGCACGACCAGUGCCAGUGCACACAAAUGCAACAACAACAACGACUACAAUACCAACUACUGCUGCUACUCCAGCCUCCACCUCAUCGCAUUUACAAAUACAAAAUAAUGCAAAUCAACUAGAUUCACUACCUACUUCGAGUCCCCCUAGCAAAUGUUCUAGUCUAAUAUUUCCUAUAGCGAAUAGUGAAGAAAGUAGUGUCUGAAAUUCGUGGCAAGUACCUAAUUAAAUAUACUUAUACAUACAAAAAAUAAGUUUACAUACAUAAAUAUGUAGUAGUUAGUGCACGUAAACACGUUAAUAAGACAGACAGAUACAUACAUAAAUGCAUCUUGUACAAAAUCCCUAAGAAAUGUAUUUUAUGUUACCGUCGCACCUGAGGAGCUAUCCAAUCUCGGCUAGUUAGUGAAUCAUCAACAUUUAUGCAUUGAAACGAAGUGCAAUAUAAACCAUCUAUACAACUGUGAUCAUAAAGAGAUAAACUGUUUUUAUUAAAAUAAAUGGGAUAUGUUGUAUUUGCUGUAAAAAACGUGUGAUUGGUAAAUAAAGUAUCCUCAAGUAGUCGGCUAAAGACCUUUUUGAUAUUGAAAUAAUA